CCCUCCCCCGCGCAGGAGCCCGGAUGAGGAAGUGAAGCGCUGACAGGGCAGGGUUGUUCCGUCUGAGAGCUAUUCAAGCGUCCAGAAACACCCCAAAAAACACACCGGACGACCCACACCGAGCCUCCAGUCCCGCACGCACCGACACCGAGCGCCGCAGACAUGAAUGAGCAGCAGUUGGACUGUGCGCUGGAUCUGAUGAGGCGUCUGCCUCCACAACAGAUUGAGAAGAACCUCAGCGACCUCAUCGACCUGGUGCCCAGUCUGUGUGAGGACCUGCUGUCGUCGGUGGAUCAGCCGCUGAAGAUUGCGCGUGAUAAAGUGGUCGGUAAAGAUUAUCUGCUGUGUGAUUAUAACCGCGACGGCGACUCCUACAGAUCUCCAUGGAGUAAUAAGUACGAGCCGCCGAUUGAUGAUGGAGCGAUGCCGUCUGCUCGCCUGAGGAAGCUGGAGGUGGAGGCCAACAACGCCUUCGACCAGUACAGAGACCUGUACUUCGAGGGCGGGGUCUCGUCCGUCUACCUGUGGGAUCUGGACCACGGGUUCGCCGGCGUCAUCCUCAUCAAGAAGGCUGGAGACGGCUCCAAGAAGAUCAAGGGCUGCUGGGACUCCAUCCACGUGGUGGAGGUGCAGGAGAAGUCGAGCGGCCGCACAGCUCACUAUAAGCUCACAUCUACUGUCAUGCUGUGGCUGCAAACCACCAAAACCGGCUCUGGAACCAUGAACCUUGGCGGCAGCCUCACCCGACAGAUGGAGAAAGACGAGACUGUCAGUGAAUCCUCUCCUCACAUCGCUAACAUCGGACGCCUGGUGGAGGAAAUGGAGAACAAGAUCCGCUCCACUCUCAAUGAGAUCUACUUCGGCAAGACCAAGGACAUCGUCAACGGCCUGAGGUCUAUCGAGUCUCUUCCUGAUAAUCAGAAGUAUCGUCAGCUGCAGCGGGAGCUCUCUCAGGUUCUGACGCAGCGUCAGAUCUACAUUGACUAGGGAGCGUCCAGCCGCUGGCGGAUAAAACGAAGCAGGAGGCUCUGAAGAACGACCUGAUUCAAGCGCUUAGCCAACGCAAACAGCAGAGCUAGAGACAUCACCACCCGUCUCUCUUUCUCUCUCUCCGUCUGUCUGUCUGUCUGUCAGUCUCACUCUCCGUCUGCACCGCACACCUCUCUGUGGAAAACAACGAAAAAGGAGAGCAGGCUUUCGGUUUUUGUAUUUUCAGCUGCACCCGUCUCUCUCUCUCUCUCUCUCUGCCUGUCUGUCUCUCUGGUCUGUAAUCAUGUAGUAUUAAGGCGGAGCUUUCUGAUUGGCUCUCAGUGAUGUCACCAGUGAUGUGGGGACGGAGCUUUUCUCCUGCCAUCAGAAGAAGGAGUUUUCGUGUAGUUUCACCCUCCACCCGUCACAGGAAUAUCGCCGCUGGGUGCUCUAUAAAUAUAUAAAUAUAUAUAAAUACGAAUAUACACACAUGUAUGUAUUAUGACCUUGAUAUCGCUGUUAAUAUUAAACUUUCUGCUUGAGUUCACACGGAUAAGUGUGUGUGUGUGUGUGUGUGUGUGUGUGUGUGUGUGUGUGUGUGUGUGUGUGUGUGUGUGUGUGUGUGUGUGUGUGUGCGUGCGCGUGCACAUCUCUGUGUUUUAUUAAGCAAAAGCAGCAAACAUGUUCCUCCUGUCUCUCUCUCUCUCUCUGCCCAUCUGGGAGCGUCAGACGGUUUCGUUCUUUUCUUCAGGGUGGAUUAUUAUUUGUCCAGUUUAUUUUUUUUGUUUGUUUUGUUUUUUAUUUGUAAAGCUUACGGUUUAUGUAUUAGGGCCUCCAGCAACAAUAAAAACAGGAAAAACUGCAA